CUUUUUUAUUCCACUAGAUCAGAUGAGAAACGUCGAUUGAAAGGCGAUGAUCUUAUUCCCACGGUUCAGAUGACCUCUUUAGGAAGCUCUAUUUGUUCAUUCAGUAGUGCCUAUAAUCGUCAUUUCAACUUAAAGCAGAUCAGAUCAAUUUUAUUCUCUGUUCGGCGUACAGUAGUAAUCGUCGUCGGCGACGUCCGUUGACGAGAGAUUACCCAAACUCUACCCUAAACGAUGCUCAAACCUUUGGUUCUCUCUCUCCUUCAAGUCUUACUUCUCCAAACCCUAGCAUUAACUCUCGCAAUCUCUACUCCACUUUUCAAUAUUUCUCACUUCAGCUACCCGAAGAUCGGUGAAGAACUUCGCCCCGAACCCUCUCUCUUCUUAAAGGAUGUGUUGGAUGUGAUUUCGGAGUGGCAAAAGUGGAAUCUGGAGGACAUUAGGGUUUCGAAAUUGGAUGUGAGGAAGGCCAAGUAUGGGACUUUGCAGAGGUAUGAGAUUCGGAUUCGAUUUGGGAAGGGCAAGUUGGUUUUCAAAUUGUUGGACGAAGAGUCUGUGUGGAAGAAGUUUAAGACGGGGAGAGGUGAUUUUGAGUCUUUGGUUAAGGAAGUUGGUUCCAAGGCAGUGCUCGAUGCGUUUCGAGUGCAAGGGCCUUUUGAAUUACGCGUUGGUGGAGAUGAUGAACUCUCGCUGAUGUUGCCGCUGAAUACUACCCAUACUGGUCUGAAACGGAUCCUGGUUGGUGAAGGCAUUACUUUAGAAGUGAGAGGUGCUCAAGAAAUGUCUCUGUAUCACGCAUCUGAUCUUCAGCAACAAGUGAAUGGAAGUACUUUAGUUGAUAGGGCGAGAAAUAAUUUUGGGUCAUUUUUGCAUUCAUUAUGUAUGCGGUUACUUCCUCUACGUGUUCUAGGCUCUGCAUCAGUGGUUGCCUACAAAACUCAAAACCCUGAUACCUAUGUUGAAACUGCUUUCCUUUCCAGGGAGACAAUUGAGUUGCUGCCAGCGAAGUGUUACAUUAGACAUAUGUACAAGCAGCGAGGCUGCCCCAUCGAUUCCUUAGGCUUGAGGAUAGCAUUACUUGGAAAAAUUUUCCGGAGUCUAAAACUUAACAGAACCAAUCAGAAUGCAAUUUUGGGUUUUGUGAAUGCAAAAAUAAAAGCAUCCACCAUUUUUAGCUUCCAAUUGGAAAUAGAAAGGGAUAUCAGGAGCAAUGACACUUUCUGGUCUACAGUGGCUGAGUGGAGAACAAGGCCAAUUGUUGAAAGUGCAUGGUUUGAAGUAGUGGCAAGAAUCGAAGCAGAAAGGUUAAAGCCCUUCGUCGUUAAGAAGAUGAAACCUUUCACUGUUGUGGAGUCAUCGGCUUGGAGUAAUUUGAUGUCCAAUGUUUCCUUUACCAAUAUCCCACCAAUACUUGUUCCUCCAGAGGCUCUGACGCUAGAUGUGAAAUGGUAGGGGAAAUAACAGGGGCUUCUGUUGGGAGGUUCACUUAUCACACAAUGUGCUAUGACUGUACUCUUUCCUACCUCUUGUAUGGUUAGUGUAAUGUAUACUUGUGAUUUGUAAACAGUAUAAUCAUUCAGUUAUGAAAAAGAAAAAGAUUACCAUUUCUUUUUAAUAAAUGUGAUGCCAGAUUGAACAUUGUUCUAAGCUAUCUUGACGAGUUAAAC